CCCCUUUUUACUUUUUUAUUUUUAUUGUCCUUUUUUAAUAAAAAAUAAAAAAAUAAAAUCCAAAUUAUGGCUUCAGAAAGAAUGUCUCAAGUUUUGCCCACAGUGAAAUGCUCAGACUGUGGAAGAGAUGUACUCAUUAGACGUCUAGGUGAUCAUCUUUGCUCUAGCCAACCACCUGUACCUUCACUCCCCAUCAUUCCCGCCAUGAAAGACAAAUACAUGAAGAAACCUAUCUCUCCAUUACAAAGCCCCAAUACUACCAAUAAAUACAACCAUUUUAAUAACACAACAAUAGGAGGAUCGGUGACACCUCCAUAUUAUAACGGCAUGGCUAAAGAUCUACAACGUCCAUUAAAAGAUACCUAUCAAGACGAUUCAUAUGCUGACGAUUUCUACAAGUCUUCCUCUUCACUGGAUUUACGAAAGAACAGUAAUUCACCUGCUCCUUCCAGUCCAGUCUAUCGGUAAUUUAAACGCACAUAUUAAAAAAAAAAGGUGUACCUUAGUAACCAUCCUCUAUACAUAGAAACGACUCAAGCUCAGAUUUUCGUUACGAGGGAACAAGAAAGCAAUCUCUGGGAAAUAUUUACAAUCAACAAAAGCCAUCACAGUCAGGAAGUAGUGGUGCCCUGGAUAAUUUAAUGGCGGAUCUAAUGAACUCGAUGAACGAUGAUAUUCAUCUCAUGUCACCUCCAGUACCUACAAAUACCAAAUCAAACAAUUGUGCCGUCUGUCAAGAGGAAUUCGAUUACAGGGAUGAUGUGA